AUGGAAGACAUUGCGGUUACCAAAUUCAGGGAGUACCUUCGAGUAAACACGGAACAGCCCAAUCCAGAUUACGCUGCAUGUCAGAACUUCCUCUUCAAUCUGGCGGAUGAGCUCGGCAUCGAACGGCGUGCGGUUGAGGCGAGUGAUCGAUUACGACAACACUUUUUUUCCCGGCUAAAAAAAAUUCUAAAAAGAGCAGCAGUGCGGCGGUAG